CGCUCGCUGUCUUCGUCCGUUGGGAAUGGCGCACGCCCGUUGCUGCCGAUCCGCCGCCUUCCGCCGCCUCCUCGGUUCGCAGCCACCGUCUUCGCGCGAUGGCGUCACCAACCCGCUCUUGUUCGCAGCACAGGGCCUUCGCUACCGCAAGCUUGAGGUCAUCCUCACCACGACGAUCGACAAGUUGGGGAAACGGGGGGAGACGGUGAAGGUGGCGCCGGGGCAUUUCCGCAACCACCUGAUGCCCAAGUUGCUCGCGGUCCCCAACAUCGAGAAGUACGCCUUCCUCAUGCGGGAGCAACGCGAGCUUUACCAACGAGGAGUGGAAGCUGCAAAAGAAGCUCCUAUGAUCAAGGAAGAUAAAGGGCAAGACGAGACAUCUGGGAGGUCUCUUGAUGAUUCUGGAGGGGCCAUGGUGGAUAAAAUGAAGGAAUAUCAUGCAGCAGCGAAGCGUCUUGAUAAUGCUCGCCUUGUCUUGAGGAGGUAUAUCAAAAUUGACAAUGAACUCCGUACACCCGUGACGAAGGAUGAAAUUGUUGCUGAGGUUGCGAGGCAGCUUUGUGUCAACAUACAUCCUGAUAACCUGCGCCUUCCAUCCCCACUUGGAUCUGCAGGAGAGUAUGAAAUCCCCCUCCUCCUACCAAGGGAGAUACCUCGCCCGGAAGGAAGGGUUCAGUGGACCUUAAAUGUCAAGAUCCGGAGAAAAUGAAAGCUGGCUUUUUAGUUCUGUUAAUUUAAAAUAAUAAAUAUCUUCAAGAAUUUUUUUUAAAAAAAUUUACCAAGUCAAUUUCAUCCAAUGUUUUUGUGUUAACAUCAACCCAUGUAGCUAGAAAUUUCUGAGGACCAGCAGGUUUUGCAGUCUUGCGAUUAUUUUGAUGUAACACUAGUCAAGUUAGAUGCAGCCCGAUGACUUGAGUUAACUCUUUUUUGAGUUGUUGAUUAAGAUAUCUGGAGAUGUAAUCGAUCUUUCUGCAUAUGCUUUAUUGUCUUA